AAGAAAAGCUGAACAUUUGUUAAUGGGAAAAUAGAAUUCGGAAGAAUUUUAAAAUGUUAACAAAGUUUUGCCAACAAAGGCCCACGCGGCAAUUACCUACUUAUAUUGUGGUUCUUACUUUAUUGUUUAGAGUGUCUUUUUCAGGUGGAUCGUUUAUAUUACCGGAGAACGAAGCUCCCACCACUGCACCUAAAUUUUUAUCAAGGGGUCACCUAUACAAAGUUAUAGUUGGCGAAACUAUUGAAUUGCCAUGUAAAGUGCAAAAUCUUGGAUCAUUUGUGUUACUAUGGAGAAAAGGUUCUUCAGUUCUUACUGCUGGUCAUUUAAAAAUUUCAAGAGAUCAAAGGUUUAAAAUUGGUAGCGACUACAAUCUACAGAUUAACGGCGUUAAGACUCAAGAUGCUGGUGAUUACAUUUGUCAACUUGGGGAUCAAGAAAAUCGUGAUCAAGUCCAUACAGUUGAAAUAUUAGUACCACCAACAUUGAGGGCCCUUCCUCAUAAUGGUCAAGUAACGGCACGAAAGGGGAGCACAGUUACAUUGGAGUGUAAGGCGUCAGGAAAUCCAGUGCCCACAAUAUACUGGUUUAAAAAGGACGUUUAUUCUGGCCCAACGCAUUUAUCAGAUAGUUCAACAUUGAUAUUAGAAAACGUGGACAGACAUCAUGCUGGUACAUAUCAGUGUUCAGCUGACAACGGUGUUAAAGAGCGUGUAUCAAUGGAUAUACAGCUGACGAUUUUGUCCCCACCAGAAAUAACGGUUGAAAAAGCUUGGGUGCAUGCUGCCGAAGGAUAUGAUAUAGAGCUUGUUUGUGUGGUUCAUGGCGAUGUGAAUUCAGAAAUGUUGUGGUAUCAGAACUCUUUCCUUUUGGAUCCAACUGAUCGGCGCUCAAUGUAUCCUCAUGAUGAUAGAUACAGUCUAAUUAUUCGAAACUUUCAACAAACCGAUUUUGGGAAUUAUAGUUGUGUCGCCGAUAAUGCCCUUGGGCGGACAAAGAAAUACAUUGAAGUCUCUGGACGUCCGGGACCAGCUGAUUUUAUUUCACCAGCCUUAAGUGGCUUUCUAGAUCACUACAACUUAACGUGGACAAUAGAGUCUAUACCGCCAUUAGAUGAAAUUAAACUUUUGUAUCGUAGGCUUUUGAUGAAUGAAACAUACCAGCAUCCUGGUAAAUGGCAUGAAUAUCAUAUUAAGCCAAUCCCGAUUCGGACUGACGGCACACAUUAUUUAAUGUCCUAUGUAGUACGAAAUUUAGAGCAUAAUGCAGUCUACGAAGCAAUUGUGCAAGCUAAAAAUAAAUACGGGUGGAAUGAGAUAAGCGACAUUCACCAGUUUUAUACUCGAAAUCAUGAUCUUCUGCUCGACAUUGAUAUGGAAUACAAAAUGGGAAUUUCUAGUUGCAAUCGGCUAUCAAUGACAAUGGAUGCAAUUAUCUUACCCUAUAUUAUAUUGAUAUUGACGUUCAUAAUCAGUAUUUAAGAAAUGUUUAAUUAUUGGCAAAAAUAAGUUCAAAGGUGCCUUACUACGUAUUUAGAAUAUGUACAUAUUUAUAAAAUUGAGUAGAUAUUAAAAAUUCUGUUUAUACAUUGUUAGAGCAUAAAUGAACCCUAAGUUACUUUAUU